CUGUAGCCAUCUCCUUAAGAGAGUGAAGUCUCACAGUGGCCGUCGGAAGAAACUGGAGUCACUGGCAGCUCGGCGUGCGUAACGAGGUUCCUUGGAGCGUUCAGGUCGUUGUAGAGGUCUCUGGGCUGGCAGGUAGCCCAUGUUGCACCGGCACGUGUCCCACUCAUUCUUCGUGUGUGACUUGGGCUUCAACUGCUGAGUGUCGCAAGUGGGGCCCGACCAAAAGUUUUGUUGCUAGGGUCAAUUCGUUUCAAGCCGACAGUCACCCCAAACUACACAGUGACCCCGCAUUGCUAGACCUUCUCUUCGACAAUACAGGCGACGAUGAGACAUGGAAGGAAGAUUGCGCUUCAGGCGGCGGGACUUUGGAGGCAAAUUUUAAUGGUCCUCAUUCCAAUUGUUUUGCUUCCGUUGCUCUUCUUCGAAGACGUUCAGAAAGCUCGUUGUGCAUAUGUCGUCAGCAUCGUGGGCCUCUAUUGGAUUGUGGAGCCCAUACCUUUGGGAGCCACGUCACUCAUCCCCAUCGUCUUGUAUCCGAUGCUCGGUGUUCUUACUACGGAGAAAACAUGUCAACUUUACAUGAACGACAUAAACCUAAUGUUCCUGGGCACCCUGAUUAUGGCCGUCGCCAUCGAGCACUCUCACCUGCAUCAAAGGAUCGCUCUCAAGACACUGUGUCUGUUGGGCACCGGCAUCAAGAUGCUGGCGUUUGGCUUGAUGUUCAUCUCUAUGUUCCUCUCCAUAUGGAUCAACAACGUGGCCAUCACUGCAAUGAUGAUGCCCGUGACAAACUCACUUGCGCACGAGCUACUUCAAGAGCGGCGCAGGAGCCUUUCGCUAGGAAAUAUCGAGAUUGAAGGAUUAGCAGAAUUGAGAGAACGCGUUGCGUCGAAAGGUGCUGCUGCUGCCAGCAAUGGGACCAAGAAGCUCCUCCCCCUCCAAGAUGUGAAUGACGGAGACUCUGACGUGGUUGUGCCCAUGAAGGUGCGCAAUCGCAUUUCUUUCCUGGACAAGACGACCGAGCACCGAAUCCGGGCGAUUCUCUACCUCAGCGUUCUGUAUGGUGCCAACACGGGCACGAUAGCAACCAUCACCAGUGGUGCAUCAAAUAUUGUAUUCAAGUUCGUCAUCGAAGACCUCUACGGAGAUCGGGCACCUGUAGAUUAUGCGCUGUGGAUGUUCUUUGCGCUGCCUACGGCGCUUAUCGGAACUGGCCUCAUUUUUGUCGCUGUGGUACCUACAUUCUUUCGAUGCAAGAGCCCAGACCUUGGAGAAGAAAGCCGUAGCCACACCAUGGCUGCAAUUCGCCGGAGCUACGCAGCACUGGGCCCAGUGAAGUUCCACGAAGUGGCCGUUCUGCUGCUUUGCAUUCUUUUAGUGUUUCUCUGGCUUUUCCGAGACCCCAUGUUCGCCAGGGGAUGGGCCACUUAUUUUGGCACCAUAAAGCCAAAGGAUGCUACAGCCGUCACCAUACCGGUGAUCCUGCUGUUCAUGAUCCCUUCCAAACCAUGGGAGGGCGCCGGCAGUCCUUCUCUGCUUUCUUGGGAAAUGGUUCAAGCUAAACUGCCGUGGAGCGUCAUCCUACUGAUUGGCAGCGGGUUUGCCAUCGCCGAAGGCAUGAGGGUUUCUGGCCUGUCGGAACUCAUGGGCCAAAAGCUCGCCACGUUGGGCCACAUGCCUCCAAUUCCACUGAUGAUCUGCUUGAGCAUCGUCUCUUCUUUCAUGUCUGAACUAGUAUCAAACUCAGCAACGUGCACUGUUCUGCUGCCAGUUUUUGAUGAAUUGGCCAAGGAUCUUCAUGUGAACCCGCUACUAUUCCUAAUUCCGGCGACGAUCGCCAGCAACUACGCCUUCUUACUGCCUGUAGGAACGCCGGCAAAUGCCAUGGUAUACGAACAGGGUCGGCUCACUUUGAUGCAAAUGGUCAUACCGGGAUUCCUGGUUAAAACCAUCACCAUGGCGGUCACGGUCAUCCUCACUUGCGUUCUUGGUGACCCGAUCUUCGGCAUGUUUCAAGAAGCUGAUUGGGCAUCGCAUACAAUAGCUGGCAACUACAGCACAUUAAGCCCACUGCAAAGCUAGCCGUUUUUUUAAAACCUUCACCGUGAACGCUGUGCCAGUAUGUGAAAUGAAAUACGUUUAAAGGAGGCUUCUGAAAUUAUAUGUUUGAAAUACCACACAACACACAUAAAUGUCACAAAAUCGGAACACCCAAGCUUGUUUCUGACGUUCAGAGUUUUUCUCUUUUUCAGGUAUUCGUGCGUUUGCUGUUGUAACAGCGCAGUACCGUUGAAUGUGGGACGUUCGACGUCGGAUCAGAUGAAGAAUAGCGUUAUAAUAGGUAAAGACAGCGUAGACGGCGCACGUGUACUGUGACAAAGUUAGCUUUUCUUGUGAUUACUUAAAAGUUUUUGCUGCAAAAAAAAAAAAAAAACUGUAUUAACGCUGAAUACAAUAGGCUUUUAACCCGAGCACAUGUGAGUGGCCUCCCAGUAUCAUACUACAAAGCAAUACUUGAAACUCUGUUGCAAACGGACUGAAUGUACACUUCAUUUUGAUUAAGGAAUCUAGUUAACCGUGUAUUAGAGUCUUUCAGGACAGCAAUGGCCAAAAUGCGAAUUGUGCAAGUAGUGGGUUGUUGAAUCCUUUUAUACCAUAACAAGAGGCGCAGAUAUAAUUUUGAUUGCCGUCAAUUGUAGCAUAAACAAAUGCACAUAAUACCUUGCAGGUGUGCAGUGGGCAACACGCUUCCGCGAAGAAUGACAAAUUUUAAUAGAAUAGUGUACGUUUUCCUACUUUAUGAAAAUUUUGAUGAUUUGUACUGUAGUGAUUACCAUGCAAGUUACGCGUAGUAGCUUCCUCAACAGUCUAAAAAAUACUCUAGAAAGGCCGCUCUUUUACUUUCGCUGUGAUUGUGCAGCACGUUCUGCGCAGGCUAUUUUUCACGCCACUGUCAAUGGUGAUAUUGGCAAUUGUCAGGGUGACAGCGCUCGUUGGAGUGUCGACAAAUGAACGAGGGACACGGGUGACACAACCGAUUUGAUAUCACGCAUCUCCCGUGCUGCCAGAUCCUUUGGCCGUCAUACUUGUUGGGCGCCUGUCGAUUGCGGCUGUUGAACCGAACAGCCAUACAGCAAAUUGUGUUUGGAUUCAAACCGUUCGUCCAGCAAUUUAUGUGAUAAAACAUAUUGAAAAACUUUCACCCCCCCCCCCGUUCAGGGAGUACUGACACCUGAAAGCUUAGUUGUAAUGGUACGGGAGGGAAGGCCCCUAUUACCGGAAUUUUUCAAGGUGUUCAUUUACCAUCUCUCCCAUUGCUAGUGAUUGCCGCUGAGAGUUUUAAUUUAGUGGAGAACAAGGCGAGACGUUAUUAUAGAAAAUUACCAAGAGGUGUUGACUGAUAACUACUCGAAAAUAGAAAAUUACCGCAAGUAUGAUUUAUUUUCUUAAGAGAAUGUGGAUAAUGGACAUUUAUUGAGCACUCAGUGUGAUCGCUGUGAGAUGACAAGAUUGAUGAAAGCCACUCUGUGCACAAUCAGACUAGUGUGUCAAGGUAUUGAAUCAAUUUCCAUGCCAAGAGGUGUGACUGUUAAUUUAACGCCCUGCUGCCUACGUAACUUGAAAGCAAUAAUAAACUCAAAUUGCGUUUCGUUAA